GUUAACACAGCAAGAAAAAUGUCAAUCAGAAGAAAGAUUUUUUGUUUCGGUGUAGUGGAUGCUCUUUUGGCCAGUAUUUCCACUUAUAAACUUGCGGAUUACAUAUACUGUCGUGAACCCGAUCCAUCAUUCUUGGAGACAAUUCUUCAAACUCUUGGUUUGCAAAAAGUCCCCGAACCUGUGUGUCCAACGUCCUAUGGAGUCCUACUGGUUGUUGUCGGAUGGAUUGUCCUGCAGAUAAUUGUUGUAGUUUUCUACAGAAAGAAGAGUGUUGUGAAGGACACAAUGGCCCAGAGUGUACAAAAUUUCAUAUCUGAUACAAGUGAUGUACCCGUAGCAUCGCCAAUUUUGCCCAUUGAUACCAUUGGUGCUCAUGAAAAUGUCAAGGCCAUUGUUUCAGAGGUCAAUGAAGUUACAUCUGUAGACAUUGGCAAUGUGGAUGAAAAUGUGAUCGAAAGGUCAAGUAUUUCAGAGGGUACAGUUUUCUUCAGUGAAGUUGCAUCGGUAGACAUUGGCAAUGUGGAAAUAAAAGCAAUCGAAAGUGUUUCAGAGGGAAAAAUUUUCUUCAAUGAAAUUGAAUCUGUAGAUAUUGGCAGUGUGGAGAAAAAUGCAAUCGAAAGAAUAAGUGUUUCAGAGGGAAUGAUUUUUUUCGAAUGA